AACAACAGCUCACCAAAAACUCACAGAUUCUCUCUCCAUCUCUUUCUUACAUGCUUCUCUCAUCUCACCGACCGCCCACACUUACAAAUCUCCAUCUCUCUCCCUCAAUUCAUCUUCAAGUGUCCACUCUACCGUCUGACCCAUCGAAUAAUCGAUUCUUCCCUUUGUAGAAAUGCUGGAACGUUGUCUAGGACACCGCCGCCUCCAUAAGAUCAAGCGAAUAAUCCGACAGAGCAAGCUUACCGUCAUCUGUCUCGUCUUAACCUUUGUCGUCCUCCGAAGCAAUAUUGGCGCAGGCAAAUUCGGAACUCCUCAACAAGAUUUCGAUGAGAUCCGAGACCAUUUCUACUCCGGCCGCCGCGUUGAACCUCGUCGAGUUCUUGAGGAAGCUCAAGUCUUGACCACGGCAACAGCCGAUGUCGAAUCAGGUGGAUCGGUUGGGAAGGUGGGUUCGUCUGAGGAGAAUAAUUACUCUACAAUUGAUAUAAGUAAGAUACUUGUUGACGAAGGUGAGGACGAGAAAUCGGAUCCGAGUAAACCGUAUAGCCUUGGACCAAAGAUCCAUGAUUGGGACGAGCAGAGAGCUGAAUGGCUCAAGACGAACCCUAAUUUCUCUAACUUUCUCGGUCCGAAUAAGCCUAAGGUACUUUUGGUUACUGGGUCGUCGCCGAAGCCGUGCGAGAAUCCUGUGGGAGAUCAUUACCUUCUUAAAUCGAUUAAGAACAAAAUCGAUUACUGCAGGCUUCACGGGAUUGAGAUCUUCUACAAUAUGGCUCUGCUUGAUGCGGAAAUGGCUGGUUUCUGGGCGAAACUUCCGUUGAUUCGCAAGCUUCUGUUGUCACAUCCGGAGAUUGAGUUUCUAUGGUGGAUGGACAGUGAUGCUAUGUUUACAGAUAUGGCUUUUGAGGUUCCAUGGGAGAGGUAUAAGGAUCACAAUUUCGUGAUGCACGGAUGGAAUGAGAUGGUUUAUGAUCAGAAAAACUGGAUUGGGUUGAAUACUGGGAGUUUCUUGUUGAGAAACUGCCAAUGGUCAUUGGAUAUUCUUGAUGCGUGGGCACCGAUGGGUCCAAAAGGUAAAGUUAGGGAAGAAGCAGGUAAGAUUCUCACAAAGGCAUUGAAAGACAGACCAGUUUUCGAAGCUGAUGAUCAGUCUGCAAUGGUGUAUUUGUUGGCAACACAAAAAGAUAGCUGGGGUGAAAAGGUUUAUCUCGAGAGUUCAUACUAUCUGCACGGUUAUUGGGGGAUUUUGGUCGACAGGUACGAGGAAAUGAUCGAGAAUUAUCACCCGGGUCUUGGAGAUCACAGAUGGCCACUUGUGACUCACUUUGUCGGGUGCAAACCUUGUGGGAAAUUCGGCGAUUACCCAGUUGAGAGAUGCUUGAAACAGAUGGAUCGAGCUUUCAACUUUGGUGAUAAUCAGAUUCUCCAGAUGUAUGGAUUCACACAUAAGUCUCUUGCAAGUAGGAGAGUUAAGAAAGUAAGAAACGAUACAAACAAUCCCCUUGAAGUAAGAGAUGAACUGGGAUUGCUUCAUCCUUCAUUUAAAGCUGUUAAGUUACCUUCUGCUUCGUGAUGAUAAUGAUGAUGCAUAUAGGUAUUUAUGAUUAUGAUAACUUAAUUCUCACUUAAGUGUUUUUAUUUUAUUAUUCUUUUAUGCACUUGUAUGUUAUAACCACAGACAUGUAAUGAUGCUUGUAACUUGUGGCUGUGGUUGAGGCAAUAUUAUAGUUGCAUUUUGUUUAUUUUGAA